AUUUACCUUCAAAAUGAGAACUACAUUAUGUAUUACGAUGAACUGUAUUAUGAUGAAUUUGUGAAUGAAGUUAAUCUUUUACCUGGAAUUGGAUGCCCACAUUACUUAUCCAUAAGUGAAGCUAAAUACCCGUCAUUGGAAGCUGAUUAUUUACAUUACACUAUGUACGAGUAUAUUCAAGGUUCAACUACUACUCGAACAUUCAGUGAGAUUUACGCAUCAGGAAAGCAUAACAUAUUACGAAUAAAAUCAACUCUUCUUGGUGUAAAAACGGAAGCUGUUUAUGAUUAUAACCUCGGAGUUUCUUACCUCUUCGAGGAGGGUGGAUCUUGUAACGUAUUUCCCGCAGAUAAAAAUUCACCUGGAAUCGAAUCUGAUGGUCGCUUCUAUUUACACAGUCUUUUCCUUUUUGAUUCUAAUUUCCAAUAUCUUGGAAAGUUCCACUUAGAACACCGAUCUGGACUUCCCGUAUAUGCAUGGGAAUCAAUCAGAUUCAAUGUUAAUAUCAAUGGGAAAAAGGUCGAUAAAGCUGUCAUCACUCAAUAUUUUGCUAAAUCGCAUGGCAGUGAAAUAUUUUAUGGCUAUACGCUUGUCAGUACCGAAAUCGCCAUCUAUAAAUUGGAUUCAACGAAAAAAACUUACACUUUCACGGAUAGAAUCACAAGAGAUUACAUGAACUUUGAAAAGGCCGGAUUUGAAGAUGAACUUCAUGAUAUUUUUACAUUGAAAGAUUGUAAAUACUUGUCUAGUGAUAAAACAUUAACCCUCGCCUUUAAAUUACAACAUGAAGUUUACGAUCGUUCUUCACAAAAACUCACGGAAGAUCAUGUUUACGAGUUGAAACAGCGCUUCAUGUAUUACAUUAUUUCAUCCAAAAAAAUCAGUCGACUUCGAAUCGAUACUGUUCAUCUUAAUUUCAAUGACGCACAACUUGAAAUAGAAGUGACAUUUCUGGAUACACUUAGAUUGCAAUUUACUUUCAGGGCUAAAACUAUGUCUGUCAGUGCAGAUACAUUUAAAAAGCUGAACAAAAUCAAAGCAAGCAAUGAAACUGCAUGUUUGGACGAAUUAUCAAAAUUUUAUGAUCAGCCCAAUGUAGUAAUUUAUAGACCAUCAGAUUUUUCCUGUGGAUAUUCGACAGAUUUUGAAGAUCUCAAGGAAGAUGCAGAAAUCGGAGAACCAUGCAGUGUCUAUCACUUUCCAUUGAAAAAUUUGCGUCGCAUCAACCAAGAAAUACCACUCGAUCAAAUUCACAAUACUUUUUUAAAAGAAGUAGAAAUUCGUUAUUCUUUGUUUAAUGCAUAUAGUGACGGACUUUUUAAAUUAAUCGAUGUCAUCGAUAAAACGAAAAACAAAGAUACCUCGGCUGGUGGCUUUCAAUCCACAAUUAGAGUUGGUGAAAAAUUAAAAAGUAAUGAUCAAGUUACAGUGACCGUUCCAGAUGUGAAAACAUUGACUGAUUGUUAUCGAAACUGUCAUGAUUCAGAGCAACUUAAAUGCAACAUUUUCUCAUUCUGUUCAAAUGGUGACUGUAGAGUCAGCAGCUUAUUGACUGUGGACCUGUAUAAUGAAUCGCACGUUGAACAAGACAAAUCCUGUUCUAUUCACGCUCUGAAUUCUCUGAAUGAUUACUUAGAAGUACCUCAUAGAAAAUUUAAAAGCCCGACUUCAAUCGCAGUCGACAAAAGUGUUGAUGCUUGUGCAGAAUCUUGUCAUGCUUCAUCUGAUUGUUUUUCAUUCCAAUGGUGUGAUUAUCAAUGUAGUUUUGGUGGUUUUUAUACAGAUGCAGCCACUGAAUAUGAUGGAGAAUGCAGUGUAUUUCUUCCCAAAGUAUCUGAAAAAUACCAAAAGGCUGGAACCAAAAUCGUAUCAGAUGUGCUUUACACUGAAAUGAAUUUAAAUUUUGAACAAUGUGCAUCAUUAUGUCAUGGAUGGUCCGAUGGUGAAACUGGAUGUAAAUCAUUUAAUUAUUGCCCUAAAAGUAAAACAGAAAGUUCUUGUUCAUUAACUCAAUUUUCAGUUAAGAGCUCAAAUACUAAGACCAUCGAAGGAGGUGAUUGCUCAAAUUACGAGUUGAAAGUGGAAUCUAAUGGAAAGAAAAGUAAAGAAUCUAGUUCAACAGCAGCCGGGACAAGUGGAUCAAGUGCUUUUGGAAUAAUUAUGCUGUUCUUGCUUGUCGGUGCUUUAUUGGGAUUCGCUGCACCAUUCGGUUACAAAAAAGUUGAACAAAUGCGUAGUGCUUCAGAAGCCAACGAAAGUUUCACUUGGACAAGACAAGUAAAUGAGCAAGCUGAGAAUAUCAGUUGAAUUACUGUUCACAACAUCAUAGUACAUGAAAUUGCUGACCAAUCGUCAAUUUUUUUAUGAACUUUAUCACUGCUUUUCAAAUUUUAAAAGAGAUUUGAAUGACAGUACUACUCGUUUUAUUUUUAUCUAAUGAACUUUAUUACAAAUGAAAAUCAAUCAUAGUUUGUUCUGAAUUAUAAAGCAAAUUGAUAAU